AUGGUCUUCUUGCUGCAACUCCUGAUUCUGCUGCUGCUUCUGAUGCCUGAAGCUGUAACCAAAGCGCAUCCUGCAAUGUGUAGUAUGAAGAAUGCCCCUCCUGCCCAGCGUCAGUAUUAUCUGCCAGGGGAACUCAUCCUUGGUGGGAUCACUUCCCAGCUCUUCUUCCCUUCCUAUGCUCCCAUUUCUUUCUGUGAGAAACCCCAAGAAAUUGUUCCUGGUCUUUCUAGCUUGGUGUUGAAGAACUAUCAGCAUGUCUUGUCUUUGGUGUUUGCUGUGAAGGAACUCAAUGAAAACCCCACAAUCUUGCCCAACCACACUUUGGGGUUCCAUAUCUAUGAAAGCUACUUCACUGCAAGAAUGACUUAUCAAAAUACCCUGAAUGUUGUCUUUACUGAAAAGAAGAUGGGCCUCAACUAUAAGUGUGACACCUGGAAUAAUCUGAUAGCUGUUAUUGGAGGCCAGGACUUUGAAAUCUCUCUUCAUAUGGCCACCAUCUUAGGCAUCUAUAAGAUCCCACAGAUCACGUAUUGCAUAUUUCCUCCAUCAGUGAGUGACAGAACUCAGAAGCCUUCUCUGUACCAGAUGGCUCCCAACGAAGCCUUUCAGUACACAGGGAUUGUCCAGCUUCUGCUGCAUUUCCAAUGGAGAUGGGUUGGAAUCCUUGUAGUGAGUGAUGAUAAAGGAGAAAGGUUUGUGCAGACCAUGACACAAAAGUUCUCUGAAAAUGGGAUUUGCCCUGCCUUCAUUGAAAGAAUACCAGACCAUGCAGCAUUUUUUGAAGUUUUCAACCUUUUCAAUUAUAUUGAGAGUACAGCUGACUUUCUAUCCAAGACAGAUGUCAAUAUAUUUCUCGUAAAUGCAGAGACACACACCAUGACAUCUCUCCAGUGGAUUCUAAUGCUGGUUGACAUAAAAGGCAUGACACCGAUACGCAAGGUUUGGGUUAUGACAGCUCACUGGGAUUUCUCAUCAGAAAUAAUGCACAAACACUUGAAUAUGAAUGUCUUCCAUGGUUCCUUAUCCAUUGCUAUCCACUCCAAUAAUGUUCAGGGAUUCCAAAAAUUCCUGCUGUCAGUGAAUCCUUACAAUGAUGAAGAUGGAUUUAUAAAGACAUUUUGGGAGCAGGCUUUCAACUGUUUAUUAUUUCCAGAAGUCAAUGAGAGCAAAGAGAGCAGGGAAAUUUGUACUGGUGACGAGAAGCUGGAGAGUCUUCCUGGGCCUUUUUUUGAAAUGAGCAUGACGACUCAAAGCUACAGUAUCUACAAUGCUGUCUAUGCUGUGGCGCAUGCUUUGCAGGCCAUGUACGCAUCUAGGACCAAGCAUGGGUUAAUGGUUGGUUGGAACAAUCCACAGCCUGGGAAGCUAUCAAAUGUCCAGGUUGUGCCCUCGGCUCUAUGCAAUGAAAAAUGUCAUCCAGGUUCCAGCAAGAAGAAGAAAGAGGGAAAGCCAUUUUGCUGCUAUGAUUGUGAUCCGUGUCCAAAGGGGAAGAUUUCAACCCAGAAGGAUGCAGGUGACUGUUUCCAGUGCGCAGAAGAUCAGUAUCCAAACAAUGAUAAAAAUGGAUGCCUUCCCAAGGGUCUCAACUUCCUGUCUUACAGUGAACCUUUAGGAAUUCUUUUGGCAGUGCUGUCCCUCUCUCUUUCCUUCGCCACUUUUUUGGUGCUUGGACUCUUCAUGAAGCACCAGAACACUCCCAUUGUUAAAGCCAACAAUCGAAACCUCACCUAUUCUCUACUCAUCUCCCUCCUGCUAUGCUUUUUAUCUUCUUUGCUAUUCAUUGGCCAGCCUGACAAAGUGACCUGCAAGCUGCGACAAACUGCUUUUGGUAUCAUCUUUGUGAUGGCUGUUUCUUCUGUGUUGGCCAAAACCAUCACCGUGGUUUUGGUCUUCAUGGCCACUAAACCAGGAUCCAAGAUAAAGACAUGGGUGGGGAAAAGACUUUCAAAUGCUAUCAUUCUUUGCUCUUCAUUGGUUCAAGCGAGUAUUUGUAUGAUAUGGUUAUAUACUGAUCCUCCAUACCCAGAUGUUGACUCUCAUUCUCUAGCUGUAGAAAUCAUCUUGAAAUGCAAUGAAGGAUCUUCGAAUAUGUUCUUUUAUAUUUUGGGGUACAUGGGAUUUCUGGCUGUUGUCUGUUUCACUGUGGCUUUCUUUGCCAGGAAUCUGCCCAACACUUUUAAUGAAGCUAAGUUAAUUACUUUCAGCAUGUUGGUGUUUUGCAGUGUGUGGGUGUCUUUUGUUCCAACCUAUCUGAGCACCAAAGGAAAAUAUAUGGUGGCUGUGGAGAUCUUCUCCAUCUUGGCUUCCAGUACAGGCAUACUGGGUUGUAUUUUUUCUCCUAAAUGUUAUAUCAUUUUGCUGAGGCCUGAGCUGAAUGACAAAAAACAGUUAAUAAGGAAUACAAUGGGAAGAGGUAUUUGA